AUGACCAAGAACGUCCGCGCCAGCUACAUCCUCGGCAUCACCUUCAUCGCCGCUGUCGAGAAGAAGAAAUGGGGGCACCAGAACUGUUGGGGCUACCACAUCGUCGCCCUCUCCAACGACGUCACCAUCAUCGAACGCCUAUCCAAGACGCCCACCCUAGAAGCGAUUGAUCUCGCCUCUCGCCCUACUGCCGGCGCCGGCGCUUCUUCCAACUGCCCCGGCACUAAAGAAAAACGAAAGGCUCCCUCAGGCGCGCGACGAAAGCAUGAAACCGCAAAGGAACCCGAAGAAGAAACCAACGACGAAUACCCCGACGACGAACAGGACCCCGACUUUGCCCCCGGCGACGAAGGGGACGACAACGAAGACAACGACGGCACUGACGAUGCCGACAACGACGAUGCCGACAACCGCGGCAACGGCAACGAUGAUUCCGGCUCCGACUAUGCCGACUCCGAUGACGCCGCCUCCGACGACGGCUAUGACACCGAAUGGUGUUCCCGUUUAUCUGCCUUCCUUUGUUCGUUUGUUUGCCCUGAAGUCGGCCACCUCUCUGCAUCAUAGUGUCCGCUUCGGUGUUUCCCCGCGUAUGUUUUGCGUGUUUGAUCGCUGUUGCUUUCGCGUCUCGUCGGCUGUCUUUUCUUGAGUACUUUUGAUUGUGUCCAUCUUGAGUGCUUUUCUACGAAUCUUCAUGCCAAACGAUCGUUGAGCGUACUUUGGUACCACGUACCGUUGUACCUUAACAACUGUUGGCCCAAACGAUCGAUUGAUUGUAGUUGUGCAUCGUUUCCUUUACGGACCAUUGAACUUUUUCUGCCCCCAUUUGAGUUGUCGAUCCACGCUAUCGUCGACUAUCUUUGCCGAUGAAUCUGAUUGAGCAUUGUUGCUCCGCAUCAUCGUGUUCGCUGGGAAUGUUCUUAUCUUUUCCACGUGCCGUCGCUAAACUGGUUUCCAAUUUGAUUUUCGAUCUUCACGUUUGUUGGGUAUGCGAUUUCCGCUUCAUUUUGUGAUUCCCGGUACUCGUCCAAAUUUCCUUCUAUUCUUGUGAAUUUUGUUCCACAAUUCAAU